UUGAAAGCAAGACCAUGCGUCAGGGACAGUUUAUAUUUACACUUGGCAAAGAUGGUCUCCCUGAAGACUGCUCUCAUUCUCUCUCUCUUGACCACAGUUUUAUAUGGGUAUGAAGAAUGCUACAAGCGCGAGAAAACGACUGAUGUUGUCCCUGGGAGGAGAGACAAUUAUGGGUCAGAGAAGAAACUGACAUGUCCUGACCGUUGCUGUGGAAGCCCAGACUCGAAGCAUUGUUGCCCCACGAGCUCUGGUUUGUCCACGGGCGCGGUUGCAGGGAUCGCAGUAGGGGCUGUCGCCUUCAUCUCCAUCAUUGUCGGCAUCGCUCUGUGCUGCGGGUGCUGCGGGAAGUCUUCUAGAAGAGAACCAGGUCAAGCGGGACAAGAACACCAACGGCACAUCAAACCUGCAGGUACAGCAAACCGUGCCUUUAAUCCAGGCUACGAUCUCGCAUCUCAGCCGCACCCACGAGUCCCCCAACCAGCAGGAACAGCUUAUCCUCCCCCACCCUACUCGCCGCCAACAAAAGUUGUAUCAUCUUCACCGACUGCGCCACCGUACACGCCACCAUCACAAAUGGUCUCCACCUCACCCACAGGGCCAGCUUAUGUCCCUAAAUCCAGAAGAGCCUCACCUGCUCACGUCGACCCGCAGUCGGUGAAGGAGACCCGUCACCCUGCAUCAGAGUACCCAGCAUCCGUCAGUGACAGCCAUGUCUACGAAACCAUUCCUUAAACAGGAAUGAUGCGCAUCGGAACUGAAAAUAUUUCCAUCCAAACUUUUUGCGUUGUAUUAUUGGACAUGUGUCAAAAUGUGUCAUAUUCUCUGUGUAAUUAGAGUUACCGUUUAAUAUUA